UUAAACAUAAAGAUUAUCAACAUCUUACUGAACAAGAAUUUAUAAAAAAUACUAUAUUAGAUGGAAAUAAUCGUUUAGCAAUUUGUCAAUAUAGUUAUGAUGAUUUGAAUAAUUUUUUAAAAUGUCCAAGCAAUAUAGCUAUUGUUUGUGAUGUAUAUAAUAGACUUUUACAAAAAAAGAAAGAUGCUAUUCAAAGAUGUUGGUGUCCAGUGGUUUUUUAUCUAUAUGAACCAGGAAGAUUUGGAAAAACUGGUUUGAAUGGUUAUGAAGAUCAAGAAAUCAUAUUUUUUAAUGAAUUCUAUACAAAAAUUGAUUGGUCAGAUAUAAUAAAUGUUUUAAAUGAUAUAUCUUGUCUUGUGGAAAUUAAAUAUGAGAUAUAUAAAACUUCAUUUAAAGCAAAAUAUAUUUUUAUGUCAAGUACAAAACCACUUGAAGAAGCUUAUAAUUUUGGACAGUGUAAUAAUGAGAAUAAUAAUAAACGUGAUUAUAAACAAUGUUUAGAAGCUAAUUUUCAAAAUAUAUUUGAAGAAUCUAUUGUUAAGAAAGAUGAACAAAUGUAUUGGUAUCAUCAUUUUCCAGAAUAUAAGAAAAGAUAUCUUUGUAAUUAUCUGAAUUUAAGACGUCUUGAUAAAUAUUGUCUUGAAUUUGAACAAUUAUCUAUAACCAAUCAAAUAGAAGAUCCUCAAAUAGAAUCUUCCAAUCAAAUCAAAGAACCUUAA